AUGCUGAACAUUGAAAACCGCUCCUCUAUUCCUUCCGGUUUCAUAAAUACAGUCUCCUCUUCGAUUGUUGGGGAUACUUCGUCCACAAACUCCUCGAGUCAUUCGAACUUCCUGUUGACUCCAGAAGAUGGAAGUUCAGGGUCGAGAGAAGGGAAUGCGCAGUCCUCUCACCGGGAACAGCAUCUUUCCGAACUAGGGAGACUUCAAACCAAUUUCCAUAGCGACCAACAUAAUGAAAGCUUCGCAGAGUCUCGAAAAUUGGAGCAUCGUGCCUACGGGAGUGACAUGAGUGAUAAUAGCGAAGACUGCACACCGAAAGAAGCGGAAGCAUAUAGCUAUACAGAUGAACCUACCUUAAAGAGUUAUACUCUUGAAGAAGAAAGGCGUGUGGUCAAGAAGUUCGAUCUGCGGUUGACCAUGUUUAUGGCACUAUUGUAUAUGCUGUCCUUUGUUGAUCGAUCCAUCGUCCCUGCACAUGUCUAUAUCUCCAUUUGCUGCUUCUCCUGGGGUCUUAUUGCCGCAUGUCAAUCUCUCGUCUCCUCAUUCUGGGCCCUUGUGCUUCUAAGGGCGCUCCUUGGUAUUGCUGAAGCUGCCUUUGGCCCAGGCCUUCCGUUCUUCCUGUCAUUUUUCUACAAACGCGAGGAACUGGCUUAUCGCACUGGGAUGUUUAUAUCCGCAGCGCCGCUUGCAACUUCCUUCGCCAGCACCCUAGCAUGGGCUAUUGUGAAGCUAAGCGAACAUGGGCCCGUCGCUCCAUGGCGCGCAUUGUUGCUCUUCGAGGGAUUUCCAAGUGUAAUUGUUGCUGUAUUUGCGUGGAUUUAUGUCCCCGAUAGCCCUAGUAAAGCUCGGUAUCUCACGCCUCGAGAGAGGAAAGUUGCAAAGAUGCGCUUGAAAAUGAGCGAUAGAGAAAAUAUCCGUAAACGUCGGUUUAAGUGGAGUGAUAUCGGCCGGACACUGCGCGAUCCCAAGUCGUAUCUCACUGCGUUUAUGUUCUUCAGCUGCAAUGUCGCAUUCAGUUCAAUGCCAGUCUUCCUCCCCACAAUUAUGAAAGACAUGGGCUACUCCGCCCUAACUUCCCAAGCCCUGUCCGCCCCGCCAUACAUACUUUCAUUUCUAGUCGUCCUCCUCACCGGCUCUCUUUCUGACCGACACCGUUCCCGCAGUCCCUAUUUAAUAACACACGCUCUCAUCAGCGCCACCGCUUACCUAACAAUCGCGCUAGCAGGCCAUUUCCACUCCCAUCUUUCCUCCACCCUCCAAAUCCUCAUUCGAUACAUAGCCAUUUAUCCUGCUACGGCGGGAUUCUUCUCUUCCAUCACCAUAAUCGUCACGUGGACAAUGGACAACCAACCCGCGAAAGAAGCCAAGGGAACCGGCAUGGCAAUCCUGAAUAUCAUUGGUCAGUGCGGGCCGCUUGUUGGCACGAGGCUGUAUCCGCGCGCAGACGGGCCGUGGUAUGUACGGGGCAUGGCCGUCUGUGCAUUGUUCAUGCUGUUGGUGGCGGCGUUGGCGCUGGUGCUGAGAGUGCUGUUGCAGAGGGAGAAUGAGAGAGCGCGAGCGGGUGCAGGCGCGGUGGAUGCACAUGUGCAUGUUGAUGAGAUUGAAAUGGUUGAAGGGGAGGCUGCAGGGUUGAUGGGACGUGGCUCUGGCUUUAACUCUGCCUCUGGCUCAGGUUCAGGUUCAGCUGGCUUGUCGAGGGCUGUAAGGGAGAAAAACACCAAUGACGGCCAAUUCGUGUAUAUCGUGUGA